UAACCCUUUCGUCUCAGUAUCUUAUAUAUUCCUCAAUCCAUACCUCUGCUCGUGAAAAAUCAUUCUCAAUCAUCCAAUUGCUUGUCCAAAUCCAACUUCCAUUCAGUUUUUCUAUAAAUAUAUAAGCUAAGCCCACCUUGACGUAGCCUGUUCACUCACAUUACACCAUUAUACCAAGCUUUAAUUUCCAACAAAAUGCUUCCACAAAGCAUUUUUCUCUCUCUUUUCCUCACUUUGAUCUCUUCUCCUUUGUGCUCUAGCAGUUUCCAGGAUGAUCCUCUAGGUAAUUUUCUUGAGCAAACACCUGGUUAUGAUCCAAGUGCCUACCCCUCAUUUUUUGGCACUGUUGAUAAAGACCGGGCUGAUGACUUUGGGGUGAGUUUCACGAACCUGCAGAUGGAGUAUGAGCCUGAAAUCGUAGAAUCCAUGAGGUAUGAUCAUCUGGGUACUCCUGCAACUUCACAGGGAGAGGUGAAUGUCGAAAAUUUUGGAGCUGAAGGUGAUGGAGAAACAGAUGAUACCGAGGCAUUCAAGAAAGCUUGGGACGAGACUUGUUCUUCAAACACAGCUGUCCUUGUUGUCCCUGAGAAUAAGAAGUGUCAUGUUAAGCCAAUUACAUUUUCAGGCCCUUGCAAAUCUGAUUCUGUCACGUUGAAGGAAGUAUCCUUCAUCCAAUGCAACGACUUGAAAGUGUAUGGCCUCAACGUACAGAAUGCCCAGGAAAUGCAUGUUAGUUUUGAGCAAUCUGUUAAUGUUCAAGCUUUUAAUAUCAGGGUGACUUCACCAGGGACGAGCCCCAACACUGAUGGAAUUCAUGUGACACGCUCGGAAAAUGUUCAGAUCAUUAAACCUGUUAUCCAAGCAGGUGAUGACUGCAUCUCUAUUGUAAAUGGAUCCAAGAACAUUGAAGCCAUAGAUGUAACCUGUGGACCAGGUCAUGGAAUCAGCAUUGGGAGCUUAGGAGGAGGAAAGUCGGAAGCCUAGGUUUCUAAUGUGCUGGUGAAUAAGGCAAAACUCAUAGGAACCACCAAUGGAGUGAGAAUAAAGACUUGGCAGGUAAGGCUUGGUUUUCAAUGUGUAGGCCAAGAAGACAAGGCUUUUUCUUGAAGUUUUUAUAUGCAUAGUAAGCAAAUAUAUAUAAUCUAUAAAACCAUUUAAAAAAAAAAAGAACAUACUGUUGAAUACAUGCUUACAUACAUGAAUUCACAUAUAUUAUCGUAUUUGUUGCAAAUAAAAAACAUAGUCUACAAAAAUAUCACAGGCACAAGUGCAACAGAAAGGACCACAAUAUUCAACUGCAGCAAGACCUUCCCUUGCCAAGGCAUUGUGCUGCAGGAUAUAAACCAAGUAUACAAAGCGAACUGAGAAGCCAAGUAACUCUGCAUGUAUUAAUGCCAUGAAGUUGGAGAUUUGGGGUAGGGUUUCUCCCUAGUGUUCAUGCGAUAAAAUGGUGAUAUCAUGUGGAUUAUAUACUAUAAAUAGGGAUAACUUGAGAGGAUUUGGUGAUGGUUUCCUACAAUGAAGAUUAUGGCUAGGGUUUGUUGUUACUCAUAUUGAAGUUGAAUGAUGUAUAAAACCCUAGAAUACAAUGUUGUUAUAAUUACAAGUAGCAUGUAUCAUAUGGUGAGGGGGGUUGGCUAGGUCUAGGCUCCAAGCCAUCUUAUUACUUUGUAUGAAAAAUAAAAAUGACAUUUUAAUAUAAAAUGGAAAAUUCCUUCAGAAGUGUAUUACACUAUGUUAAAGCAAGAAAAUGACGUUUUCAUCUAAUUAGUUUAUUACUUUGGUAUACAAGCUUAGCUUUUAGAUGUAUAAAACUACGUAUUUCAUAUAAAAUUCAGGUUAUUUAUGAGUGUUUUAAUAUUUUAUAUCUUCGUAUUAUUUAUAGCUAUGUCUUCAAUGUAAAGAAUUGUGAUAACCAUAUUCUCUAAAUUAAUUCACUCAACAUGACAAAGUCUAGCAUUGAUAUAAACAUAGAAUCCUUGUGAUCAAAUAUUCUUAUUUUCUUUGGAUGUAUGACUUUUUUUUUUAAUAAUUUUGGACUUCCUUGUCAGAUGGUUAAACUAUAAGGAGUAGACUUGUAGAAAAAAUAUUUAGGGAUAAAAUAGGGAAAAAAUAGACUUUUUUUUUUUUUUUGGUUAGGUUAUGCCUUUUUAAGCCUAGUCUUUGUUCUUUAAAAUUUGAAAGUAUGAAGGAUUGAACACUAACGCAUAUACUCACUAUACCGGAACCCAUGCAACAAGGUAAAGAGCAAGGGCCUAUUUUGUUGUUGUUUUCAAGAACUAUUUUCUGUUCUUGAAAACAAAAAACACUGAAAACGUGUUUGGGAAAGAGGGUGAUUUUUGUUUUUGGUGUUUUCCAUGUUCUCGAGAGACCUAUUUUCAGAGAAUAA